GAAGAGAACAAAAAAAAAAACAAAAACUGCUUCGAACGUCAUUUUAUUUGUUAGCUCUCGAGAAAGAAAAUUUUUAAGAAAAACCUAAUUUGAUUUUGAAAGAAAAAAUAUACAGAAAAUUGUUCAUUGUUUUUUUUGAAAAAUACUCGACACAUAACAUAAAAUAAAUCUCGUCAAUUAAACAAAACAUGGACUCGACUGGAACACCCGAGACAGUUAACAGAGAUGAACUCAUAAUGAUGCAGCAGCGGCAAAUUGAAAAAGAGAUUUCAGAAAGUAUUCCUUUAGUAAGUGAUUUACAAAUAGUAUCAACAUUAAAUCAAGAAUACAACGGCGAUGCCAUUUAUACAUCGAAAAUAGAAGAUCUCGGCGAAAAGUACAAAUUUAUGCGCCGCACCCGGCCCGACGGUAAUUGCUUUUUUCGUGCAUUCGCCUACGCCUAUUUGGAGUACUUACUUACCAACAAAGAAGAUUAUCUAGCAUUUAAAGAUCUCGCCCAGAAAUCCAAGGACAAAUUGGUUCAAUUGGGAUUUCCUAGUUUUACAUUAGAAGAUUUUCACGAAACUUUUAUGGAAGUGAUUAAGCGUGUUGAUCCAACUGAUACAGCAAAAGAUGUCGAUAUCAAAAGUGAACUACAUAACGUGUUCAAUGAGCAAGGAUACUCUGACUAUGUCGUUGUUUACUUGCGUUUAAUUACCUCAGGGAAGUUGCAAGAAGAAGCGGACUUUUAUCAGAAUUUUAUCGAGGGCAAUUUCACAAUUGAGGAAUUCCGUCAUCAGGAGGUCGAGCCGAUGUACAAAGAAUCCGACCAUAUACACAUUAUUGCUUUAUGCACUGCCUUAAAUGUUGGAGUACGAGUGGAAUAUAUGGAUCGUGGUGAGGGUGGGAAAGUGAAGGCACAUGAUUUCCCAGAAGGAACUGAUCCAAAAGUGUUCUUGUUGUAUAGACCGGGGCAUUAUGAUAUUUUAUACCCAAGAAAUUGAAUAAUUAAAAAUAAUAUUAUUAUUAAAUCAAAAUAAGUUUUAUAUUA